UAAUCAUUUGCUAUACUAUUUUACCAGCUUUUCUUUGUUCACUCUUUUUUCCCCACCUUUAGUCAAGACGGUUCAAUUGAAUCGUCUAUUGUGCAAAAAAUUAAGGGCCAAAACAAUAUUGUGUGUGUAUGACUAUAUAUUAUUGAAUUUCUUUGACAUAGGGAAGUUUCUAUUGUAGUGAUAAAAGGCGGUUCAAGAUUUUCUUUAGGGGCGCGGACUCAAAUUUCAGGCAUGUCAUUCUUGCAUUAUUAUUUGGACUUCCCUUUUUGGAAUUCCUAACUUUGUCAGGUGUGAUAUUUUUGUAUUAUUUUAGCUUCACUCAUUCAACUCCGCUCAAAUCUCGUAAGGUGUAACAUUCUUGCGUUAUUUUUACUUUCGUUAUCAGAAUUUCCAACUCUCCUCAAACCUUAGGUGUGAUGCUCUUGCGUUAUUUCAACUUCUAUUGUCACAAUUUUCAACUCCGCUCAAAUCUCAUCAGGUGUGACAUUCUUCAGUUAAUUUAACUUCUCCAGUCAGAAUUUCCAACUCCGCUCAGAUCUCAAGUGAGAGAUGUUUUUCCUUGUCAGAAUUAAUUCCUUACUCCGUCAGGUGUGACAUUCUAGCAUUAUUUCAACUUUCUUAUCAAAAUUCCUAACUCUGUCCCUGAGUACCUAGGUUAUUACAAGCCCUCCCAUGCAUGGCAGCUGUUCAUGAUGAGGACCCUUUUGGUUUUGAAGAUUACUUUCCUUCAAUGAUUAAAACAUUAGGGGUUGAAAGGUUCAUGGAGGAACUACGCCAUGGUUUUUUCUUGCUAAUGGAUGUACGUGUAGGGCUCAUUACAUUUGAAAGCUUGAAGAGGAACACAAUGUUGAUGGGGUUGCAUGAAUUGAGAGAUGAUGAGCUUGUUUGCAUGUUGGCUGAAGGAGAUUUGGAUGGAGAUGGAGCUCUUAAUCAGAUGGAGUUUUGUAUGCUCAUGUUUAGAUUGAGUCCUGGAUUAUUUAUGGAUGGAUCCAAGUCGGAUCGAGUACCAGUCAUCUCUCAACCUGAUUUUUCUUUAGUUUCGGGUGGUACAAAUUAAAUAAAAGAAAAGUCAUAUUACGUGAUUCGUGAGGAGAGGAAUGCGAGAAAGUGCGCUGUGUUUAGUGCUUCCGUUUUAGAAGUCAGAUUGGAUUUCCAAGAAAUGUACGAAUAACUAGGGACAUAUUGAUUUACAAUAUUUAUUCCUAGCUGUAUGUUUUACUAUCGAUCUGUUUUGUUGAGAAUUUUGCU